AUGCUGCAGAAGGCAGGUUCAUCCUCCAGAAUGAAGAAGCCCAGUCGGAAGAUCCAGCCAGAGUCCCCCAGCCUGCAUCUGGGCCCAGUCUUUGCUGUUCCCCUGGCAGUGCUGAGAGAAACGGGGCAGUUGGUGUGUGGCAUUCCCUGGGUCCUCAGGGACAUGGUGGAGCUCCUGGACAAACAUGCGCUCCAGCAGAAGGGGCUGUUCCGCCUGAGUGGCUCAGUAGUGAAGACCAGCCAGCUGAAGGCACGGUGUGACCGCGGGGAGGCACUGGAGGUGAGCGCGGGGAUGGACUUCCAGAGCGUGGCCUCCCUGCUCAAACUCUUCCUCCGAGAGCUGCCUCUGGCGGUCAUUCCCGGGCCCCAGCACACGGACAUGGUCCGCUGCUUCAGAGAGUGUACUGAUGAGCUGACACUGAACCACACGCUGAAGGAGAAACUCAACAGUCUACCUGAAGAUAACUACAACAUCCUGUCUUACCUUUGUAACUUCCUGCUGAGGGUGGCUUCCUACAGCCAGACCAAUCACAUGACGGUGGAAAACCUGGCCACAGUAUUCGGCCCUUGCCUGUUCCAUGUUCCUCAGGGACCCAGUAUGCUGGAGGAGCAGUCAUUGUGCAACGCCAUGCUGCGGCAUUUACUGAAGAAUCACUCCUUCCUCAUGAGCAAGGGCCUGGACUCCCCCUCUCCCCCUCCAGUGCUGCAAGCUCUGGUCACCCCCGAGAGAUUUUCCCCUGUGGUGGUGACCCCCCCUACCCCCUCCCCCAGGGAUGAGCCAAACAGGCUGAAACCUUCUGCAGGCUCUGUCCCAGAGGGGAACGACAGUGUGGCUCUCUCAGACGCAAGGCUUCAUUCUGAGAGACCUGCGGUGGAGGACCAGGAGAGACCAGGCCCAGACCGGAUCCUGCAGCCCAGAAAAAGGACAAUCUCCAGCGGAUCCAUCUCUGCCCAUCAGGAGGGCCACAGCCAGGAUAUGGAUGUUAGGGCAGUGCUGAACGGGGACCUCCAGGGAAACGCAGACGCAGUGCUGAACGGGGACCUCCUCCGCCCUGGAGCACCUCACACAGACAGGGUGGAGCAUAUAUCGAGAGAGGAAAGAGAGAUGCUUCAGGCCUCUGAUAAGGGCUCCCUGCUGGAGCUGCAGGGCCCGGAGGAGGAGGCGUGUCCCCCCACCGGAGCCCUCCGCCAGGACCCCGGCCAGACCGCCAGCCAGACUGCCAGUCAGGAGACAGGGCCGGAUCCUGUCCCCAGGGCUCCGGCCCCCGAUGGGGAGGACUGUGAGGGCCAGGGGCCCCCGGGACCCAGCCGGCUCCUGCUCCACAUCACCGACAGCGGCAGCCCCCUCCCCUCCCCCCGCUGUUCCAGCCUCAGCCGGAGCCAGCGUUUCCACAGCGACCCCGAGACCGCGCCCUCGCCUCCCUGCUCGCAGGCUCGGCCCAUCGGCAGGACCCAGAUUCCGGAAGGUUCUGCGGACACACUUUCGAUCUCUCUUCUCACAAAACACAUCCAGGCCCUGAAGAGGAAGAUCAGACGCUUUGAGGAGCAGUUUGAGCGGGAGAGGAACUACAGGCCAUCACACAAUGACAAAACCAUCAACCCAGAGGUGUUCCAGCUGACGAGCGACCUGGCAAAGUCUCGAAAACAGCUCAGAGACCUCAAGCUGAAGCAGUCAGUGGAGCAGAUGAGGCCUCAGAGGAUGGAAGAGCAUGCAGAUAUCCGCAGGUGCAGUAGUGACCUGCAGGGGGAGCCAGAGCAGAGCCAGAAGCCGUCCCUGGAGGACACACUCGAAGCCCUCCUCAAGAGGCUGAGGGAGAAGCGGCAAGCACUCGGUCUCCCUGACAACAUGAAGGAGAUGACCCAGAAGCAGAUGGCCCUGGAGAAGAUCACUCUGCAGAAAUGUUUGCUGUACUUUGAGAGCCUGCAUGGUCGUCCGGGCACCAGGCACGAGAGGAGCCUGAUGAAGCCACUCUAUGACAGAUACCGCACCGUCAAACAGCUCCUGUGCACUACAUCUGGCAUUACCACCAUAGCAGAAGAGGGCAGCUCUGAUGAUGACGGUGCACAGCGCGGCUCUCUGCCCUCCUGCAGAGUGGUACGGCUGCAGAGCCUGGACGAGUCGCCGGGUCUGCAGGAGGAGGACAGCGACGGCACCUUCGUGUCCCCGCUGGACGAGGUCAAAGCCGUCAGGCAGCCUGCCGUCACUGUGUCCAACCUCCACGAGGCAUCCAGGAUGGAGCUGCUGCAGAGCCUCCGUGAGACCAGAGCGGAGAAGAAGAGGCUGCACAAGGGCCUCAGGGAGUUCCAGGAGCAGUUCUGCAGACAGAUGGGCAGGACCGCACAAAAAGAUGACCGCAUUCCAAUGGCAGAGGAAUACCAGGAAUACAAAAACCUCAAAGCUAAACUCAGAUUACUGGAAGCUCUGCUAAGCAAACAGGAAGCUCCAAAGAUUAUCUGAUCAUCUGCUUCAGUUUCGGUCUGGACGUUGUAUGCCACGCUGAUGCCCUGACGCACUUUAUGAACAAUCACCUUGGUCGGCAAAAAAAAAAAAGAAGGCAAGCUAUCCAAUUGUUGCUAAGCAACAAAAUUCAAACAUCUCCCCUGUUCCAGACAAAGAACAAUAUGACUCCUAAUGUGCCCAUUAAAAAAAGAAAAAAAAAUGCUAGUUUUGAGUGAAUAAUGAAAUCGAUCUUUGAAACAUGCAAAUGUAAUUUAUGGCACCUUACUCAUUUUUAUACCAAAAUAAUUAUAUAAUGUAUAAAUACACACACAUACAUGCACAUACUGAAAAAUAUUAAAUUGGCUCUGAUUUCAACAGCAGCAUAUUUUAACAAAGAAACUGUAAAAAUAUGUGAUGUCUAACUAUGAGAUAAUUAUAAAAGGAAACAAUAUUGCCAUUUCUUUGCAAAUAUAUGCUUCAGGGGAAAAACAGAAGCCAAGAUGAAUUUGCUAUAUAAUUUAUUCAUUCCAGUGUACAGUAUAUGUAUGGAUGGACAUGCAUGUAUGUGUAUAUAGUAUAUUUCCCCUGCCACUCAAAUGUCACAUUACUAAACUGUCAUUUUGAAGAGAAACAAUGACUUGCAGUUUCAGAAGGGAACUUCAUU